AGAGCCAAUCCCCCCCCUCUCCAGAACAAUGGACCGGCUGAAGGCGCUCGUGGCAGUGGCGGCGGCCGUGGCACUGGCGGCGCCCGGGGUGUCAGCUGGUGCCAGUCCCAUGCUGGAGCUGUACACCCUGACGAACAGCGGGGGCGCCAAGUACACGGUCACCGGCCCCCACCACAACCUGGAGGAGGAGGGCUUCAAUGACGUCACGAGAAGCAUCUGCGGCGUUGGAAUAUGGUUCUUAUACGAAGACAAAGAUUACUCAAGACAUUCGACUUUCGUGCACGCUUUCGUUUCCGAUUCCUACACGUGCGAGGACCUGGACUCCACCCAGUGGGAUAAGGUGUCAUCCGUCCGCUACGCCGGCCUGGAUGACAUCACCUUCCCGACGCUGACGAUGUACCACGACGCCAACCAGUGCGGGGGGGAGCUGCUGGUUCUGAGGGACCUCGACACCCUCCCUGACUUCAACGACGUCGCCUCCUCCUUCGUGGUCACCGGCGACUCCAGCUGGACGGUCUACCAUGACUCUGGCUACGGCGGCGGCGGAGCGUGCCUCGACCCGAGCAACGACGGAGGCUGGUACGGCAUCUGGAAUUCGGCGGAGAUCGGAAUGUCCAACGAUGAGGUGUCGUCUGUGAGGAAGGGCUGCUUUGCGGACAAGGUCUUCAAAUAUGACCCUUCUGCACAUCGACGGGAACGGCGCUAAGAGUAGAAAAUGUCAAGAAGCGCCGUCGAAAACACGAGCAAAUGACGAUGGUUUCUCAGUGACAUAAUAAAGUAUUGGCAUUCAAA